CAAUAGCCUAGAGAGAGAAAGAGAGAGAGAGAGAGAGAAUGUACAAGACGAGGCUGCAGGAACUUUGCCACAAGCAGCAGUGGGGUUUGUCAAAGUACUCGACCGUGAAAGACGGACCCGACCACGACCCUAGCUUCAAGGCCUCCGUUUCCGUCAACGGCCAGUCGUUUCACUCUUCCUUUCCCUGCAAGUCCUCCAAAGUCGCCCAAAACGACGCCGCCAAACUCGCUUUCCUCCACUUCACUUCGGGUUUAACGAGUUACAGCAUCGAACCUGAGAUUCAAUCCGAUGCUUUAGGAGUCACCGAUGAUGUCAUAGAUUUGCAUACUCAUUACAAUUCUCAAUGGAAAAAUCUUGCCCCACCAUUAUAUACCAACAAAAGUGAUGGCUCAUGUCAUGCCAUGCCCUUCAAGGCUGCUGUUACAGUUGGUGGGCAUCCAUUAGGGGAGGCAGAGCAUGCUGCUGAAAAUGCUGCUUUAAUGUCAUUGUCACUUGAUGGGUUUCAGAAGGCAAGAAGACUCUGGCCUGUACAAGAAUCUGCUGCAGGAGUUAGCUCAGCAUGA